AAUAUAAUACUAUUCAAAAACCAAAACCAGUAACAACUAAUUUGAAAAAGUUGUCUCAUUCAUUGAAUAAAAAAAAAUCUAUAAUAGAUGAAAUUUUUGAUGAUAAUAAAUUUCAGUUACUUGUGCGAAAUAUUGUUAUAGGUAUCAACGAUACUAAAUUGCCACAAACAUCGCAGUCCAAAAAAAUAAUUAAAGCAGGUUUUUCAAAUGAUGACUUGGAAAAAACAAUAGAUUUAUUCAAAAAACUAUAAGUUUAGCCUAAGUGUAUACAUAUUACUAGUCGGAACAUGAAACAAAUUAAAGAACUUAAAAAAAAUUUUAUUAAUAAAAGACGCUUAGAAUCUAUUAACAUUAAGCAUUUACAAACACAGAAAAAAAGGGCAUUAAUUAAAAGUUCACUUGAUAUUCAAAUUAAAGAUUAUGCCAAUGUUAAUACAAAUAAUAAGCCAGCAGGUCAUAUAGUAUUUAGUGAUCCUGAAGAACCUGAUUUUAACUAUGAAUACAAAAAAUUAGACAUUAAAAAUAAAAAUUUACAAUUAUUUCAAAAUGAUGAAACUGACACCAACAAUAAAUCUAAUAUAUAUAAUGGGUUUAAUAUCAAGCCUCAAUUUGAAGGUAAGAAAGGUGAAAAAUUAUUAAAACUGAGCCUUAGUAUAGGGAAUGAUAAAAGAUUUGUAUUGGGUGAAAAAUUUGCUUCUAGUGAUAGUGAAGAAGAAGAAUUAGGUGAUACUUCUCAUGAUGAUAAAGUAAAUGUUUCUAAGAUUUCUUUUCACAAAACAUUAAACAAUAAUAAAAAUAUCACUCAGGAUGAUCUUAAAUCAGAGUUAGAAACUUAUAAUAAAACCUUAAAUUCUUUGUUAUCGGAAGAGCCAUCCAGUCAUCACACCAAUAAUGUAAAGACAAAAAUAAAUAAAUUUUCAAAUAGUUCUAUUAGUAGAUCAGGAUUUCAAUUAAUUCAGAGGUAUGACCCUAAUAAUCCUGAUCAUUGCACAAAAUAUGAUAUAAAAAUAAAUCCUAUUUCUAAUAAUAAAGGUAAUGCUAUUGAAGAUAGUAAACUAAAAAACAAAUCAAAACAUAUCCUUGACAACAAUGUUACUAAAGUAGAAAAAGAUGCAAAAUGUAGUUUUGAAGUACUCAAAGAUUUUAAAACUGCCUUUACUCAAGAUAAUGAAGAUCAUAGCAAAAGUUUGAAAGGCAAGGAUGUAAAGGCUAUGGUUUUUAAAUUUUUCCAAGAUGAAAAUGAUAAUUUAGACAAAUUACUUAUCAAUAAUAAAAAAAUUAAUUUUGAAUCUAUAAGUACAGAAAAGAUUUCAGAUAUUGAUACUGAAUGUGGAAGAUUUAAUUUAGAUUAUUUAGAAGAUAUUGUAGACAAUGAAUUUAGAGAGAUACUCAAAGAGGAAGGAAAGAAUGACCCUACAUUCCUUACCCAAUUUUUGUCUUUUGAUUAUAGCAGAGGCAAUCAAAAUUUUAGUGCAGAACCUGAACUAUCUACUAUAGCUAAAGAACAUAUCCAAAGUGACCAAUCAUCAUCGACUGGCCAAAACUUCUUCAUCGACCCUUCCAUUUUCGAAGACCCCAAUUCCACCUUAAUGCUGGCAGUUUCAAAUUUUUGUCAAAAGGAUAAAUCUUUCAAGGAUCCCCAAGUAUGGGAAUCAAGGAGGAAAGAGUUGUCUCGCCUGUUCAGAACAAAAAGGAAAAGAUUCUUACGACAUACCAAGCCUCAAUUUUACUCUAGACGUCGCAAAAAUUAAAUCAAAUUAUACACCUGCCUCACUUUAAUGUCAAUUUAAUUAUUUAUAUUUUUGCUCAAUAACGAUUCUAAUAAAUGA